GCCUGCCCCUUCGCCAUGACGAGUGAGUUUGUUCACCUGGAGAAUACAACAUCUACCUGGCUGGGGGAGGUGGGGGCGGGGACAGAGCUGGUCUAUAUUGAUACGUUUUUGUUGUUGAUCUUUGGUGGGACCACAUGGCAGGCCUUCUACCAGCGUAUACUGGCCAGCCAAGAUGUCAGGGUGGCCGUGUAUUCCACUAUUGGCGCCUCCGUCAUGAGUUCUGUCAUGGCCGUCCCACCGGCAUUGAUGGGAUAUGCUGGGGCAGCCACAGACUGGAACCAAACUUCCUACGACGGACCGAUACCAAUACCAGACGGCAGGAAAAGUUACAUCCUGCCUAUGACCUUGAACUAUCUUGUGCCUCUUCCGGUUUCAAUUAUCGGAAUGAGUGCCAUCUGCGCGGCCGUGAUGUCAUCAGCAGAUUCCAGUUUCCUGUCUGCAGCGACGGUGUUCACUAGAAACAUUUACCAGGAAAUCUUACGGACGAAGGCGACUGAUCGAGAACUACUAUGGGUACUUCGUGUUUGUGUCGUCAUCUUUGGUGUGUUGGGGACGUUGAUUGCCAUUUUUGCUACCACGAUCUACGGGCUCUUUGUUCUUUGCAGUGACCUGAUGUACGUGGUGCUAUUCCCACAACUGGUGUGUGUCCUGUGGGUGCCGUGGGCCAACACCUAUGGCAGCUUUGCCGGGUUUUUCGUCUCAUUCCUACUACGGAUCUUGUCAGGUGAUGCUGUGCUACAAAUUCCAGCGGCGAUUAAGUUCCCUUUGUAUGACUACAGCACUGACUCGCAGUUAUUUCCCUUUAGAACCUUCUCCAUGCUGUCUGGAACAUUUUGCCUGUUGACCGUGUCCGGCUUGACCCACCUGAUGUUCACCAGAGGUCUACUGGACCUGAAGUAUGACGUCUUCAACUGCCACAAGAAACGAUCACACAAAAGACACGAUUUGAUUGAAAUGGAGAAACCUGAAUUGUUUAACCAGGAGCUGCUGGGUUCUGUUCCUUCUUGA